UUUUUACUCACAUGUUGAUUGAGUUUCGUUAAUUAUUUUUAUUAAAUUGUCAUUUUAAUGGAAUUAAUUUAAUUAUUUGAAUUGUUGUGUUUAGUUGUAUCUUAAUUGUUCCUACUUUAGUAUGGUUUUCCCUUUUCCCUUAAUCCUCAGACGUAAUUUGUUAGACUCUAGAGUCUCUGUGUUUAGAUCAAUCAAAAUAUUUUCAUCACUUAACUUUGAUCGGAUUAAAUUUGAUCAACGAUGUUUCAAAUCAACUAAUUCAUCAGAAAAUUACAUUUGGAAUUAUGUGAAAACGCCAACGGAAAAUGCAGUAUUAUUUGUCAACCUUAUCGAAGAUGAUGGACUCAAAGUACCAAAAGUUGGUAUCGACAAUGGACAAAAAUUUCCUGAUAAAAAUUCAUUGAAAGAAUUGGAAAAGAAAUCAGUUGAUCAGCUUUACACCCAAAUUAUUGAUCUUAUUAAAUUGGGUAAUUCUGAUUGUUUGGGACAAAUUUCAAGGUUACUCCGAGCUAAUUUUAAUUGUUUAAAUUCACUGGUGGCUCCGUUUGAUAGUCACUGGCAAUUUAUAAAGAAACUUGAUUCUCAUCUAGUCAAUUAUUGUAAACGAGUUAAUCGAGGUGAUUGGCUCAAAUCAAAAUUUAUCGAUGAUUGUUUACAAUUAACUAUCGAUUUAUACAAAUUUUCACCUCCCACCGUAAUCCUUUAUUGUGAUACUUUGGUGAAAAAUAUUCUUGGAAAAGUGAAUCUAACAAAGAGACAAUUUUUACAAUUAAUGUUCUGUUGUGUUCUAAGUCGACAGCAAAUGGUAAAUCAGCAAGUUGAUUGGUGUCAACGAUUCAUUGAUCAACAUUUAAAUGAAUUAAGUUUGGCUGAAUUGUCCCUCAUAUUGGUCGCUUUUCAUAAAACUCGGACUUACAUAGUCGACGAUAAAUUGUACAAGAAAAUUGUGACCAAAGUUUCAAUCGAAGCAAAAACUGAACGAGAUGCGACCUUAAGGUCAAGUUUACUUAAAGGAGUUAAUUAUUCACUAAUCAGGGCUGAUAUUAAAUCUGCGGAAAAUUUAGUCAACUCAUUUUUAGAGGUCGACAAUUUAAGUGUUUAUAACCUUAUCCAUUUAAAUGAAUUCUGCGUGAAACAGAAAUUCUAUUCUCCCAAAUUGAUUAAUAAGUCAAUCAAUAUGCUGGAAAAUGUCAUUGAACAUUUACGAAUAAAAGAUAUCGAGAGAAUUUUAAAAUGUGCCACCGCUUUCGACCAUCUUCAACCUCCAUGUCCAAAUAUCGAUCGAAUUGUUAAUCAAUUGGAUUCAGUUAUUGAUCAAUCUGGUCCAAUAGAUUUAGAGAAAACGAUUCCAUCACUUUUACGAAGUGUUUUCCUUCUGGACAUUUAUCCGCCGAAUAUGAUUAACUUCAUUCUCUCGAAAGAUUGGUUGAAGAAACUUAAUUUCUAUGGUCCCGAUAUUCACCUCCACUAUUGGUUAUUGAUGACAAUUCGUGAUUGCCUUAUGAUUGAACGAAAUGCCGAUUAUAAAGAGAAAUCACAAAAUUUGGAUCAGGUUUAUAGUAAAGGAAUUCAUGUAAAUAAAUUACGAGUCCCGAUUGGUUCGAUAACUAAUAACAUGGAAAGUAAAAUGAGCAUGAAUAACAGAAACUUGAACCUUUUGUACAAAGCAACGAUCGAUGCUUUUCCCGAUCGUAUUGUCCAAUUUGGUUACUUUUUAUCGACAUCAUUAACUCCCGAUUUAAUGUUAACAACUGAACCUAAACACCUUCGUCUUUUGAAAGGUCCAAUUCGAGCGCCAAAUACUUUCAUCAAAGCUUAUGUUAUAGUUUACCAAGGAAAGCAAAUGUACAUUGAUCAAAAUUAUUGUCAAAUUUCAGGUCACUAUAGAUUGAGAGAGAGAUUAUUACAGAAAUUGGGUUUAAAUGUGGUAAAUAUACCUUUUUAUGAGAUAUAUCAUAAAACCGAUGAAUUUGGUAACAAUCAUGAUUUAGUAGAUUACAUUAAGAGACGAAUAAAUCAACUUGAGCAAUAACGAUUAA